CCCUCCCCCUCUCCUCCCCCCCCCCAAAAAAAAAAAAAAUAGAAAGUCCUUCCUUCUAAGAAAAAAACCCCUAAGUCACCAUGGUUGCUGAUUCGAAGCUCCCGCUGCAAAGCAGCAACAAUGUAAACACUAAAGCCUCAAAAACUAUAGAGGAAACCUACCAAAAGAAGACCCAAUUAGAACACAUCCUUCUCCGACCCGAUACCUACAUCGGUUCCAUUGAACAGCACACUCAGCGCCUAUGGGUGUACGAGAACGAUGAGAUGGUCCACCGAGACAUAAAGUACGUCCCGGGACUUUACAAGAUCUUCGACGAGAUCUUAGUCAAUGCCGCCGAUAAUAAACAACGGGAUCCAUCCAUGGAUUCCAUUAAAGUGGUGAUUGAUGCGGAGCAGAACUUGAUUUCCGUUUACAAUAACGGGGAUGGAGUUCCCGUUGAGAUUCAUCAGGAGGAGAAGGUUUAUGUUCCGGAGUUGAUUUUCGGCCAUUUGUUGACUAGCAGUAACUAUGACGACAAUGUUAAAAAGACGACCGGUGGGAGAAAUGGGUACGGAGCUAAGCUUACGAAUAUAUUUUCGACUGAGUUUGUUAUCGAAACUGCUGAUGGAAAACGGCAGAAGAAGUAUAAGCAGGUAUUUAAAAACAACAUGGGAAGCAAAACCGAGCCUGUUAUAACAAAAUGUAAAGAGGGUGAGAAUUGGACAAAGGUUACAUUUAAGCCAGACUUGGCCAAAUUUAACAUGACUCACUUGGAGGAUGAUGUGGUUGCAUUGAUGAGGAAGAGGGUGUUUGAUUUAGCUGGUUGUCUUGGCAAGACCGUGAAGGUGGAGUUGAAUGGGAAACGCAUCGCCGUGAAAUCAUUUCUUGAUUAUGUCAACCUUUACCUUAGUGCUGCCUCUAAAAAUAAGAGCGAACCUCUCCCAAGGAUUUCUGAGAAGGUUAAUGCAAGAUGGGAAGUUUGUGUUAGUCUCAGCGAAGGGCAGUUUCAACAGGUCAGCUUUGUCAAUAGUAUUGCUACAAUCAAGGGUGGAACCCACGUUGACUAUGUUACCAACCAGAUAUCUAAUUAUGUGAUGAAUGCUGUAAAUAAGAAGAACAAGAAUGCUAAUGUCAAAGCACAUAAUGUGAAGAAUCAUCUGUGGGUUUUUGUCAAUGCUCUUAUUGACAACCCUGCUUUUGAUUCGCAAACCAAGGAAACUUUGACUCUUCGUCAGAGCAGUUUCGGCUCCAAAUGUGAACUUCCUGAAGAUUUUUUGAAGAAAGUUGCAAAAUCUGGAGUUGUGGAUAAUUUGCUCCAGUGGGCAGAAUUCAAGCAUAGCAAAGAUCUUAAGAAGACUGACGGAACUAAGUCAGGAAGUAUUCGAGGAAUCCCCAAGCUAGAUGAUGCUAAUGAAGCUGGAGGAAGGAAUUCUGACAAAUGCACAUUGAUAUUGACGGAAGGGGAUUCAGCAAAAUCUCUUGCUGUGGCUGGUCUUUCUGUUGUAGGUCGAAACCACUAUGGUGUUUACCCAUUGAGAGGUAAACUACUGAAUGUGAGGGAAGCCAGCCAUAAGCAGUUAAUGGAGAAUGCUGAAAUACAGAAUCUUAAGCGAAUUCUUGGAUUGCAGCAGAACAAGGAGUAUACUGAUGUCAAAUCUUUGAGAUAUGGGCAUUUGAUGAUAAUGACUGAUCAGGAUCAUGAUGGUUCUCAUAUCAAAGGGCUGCUGAUCAAUUUUAUUCAUUCCUUCUGGCCUUCUUUGCUAAAAGUUAAAUCAUUCAUGGUUGAGUUUAUAACUCCUAUAGUGAAGGCUACUCGCAAAGUCAACAAACAGGAGGAGGAGUUAUGUUUUUAUACGAUGCCUGAAUACCAAGCUUGGAAGGAAAGUUUGGGGACUAAUGCAAAGAGCUGGAGAAUAAAGUACUAUAAGGGGUUGGGAACAAGCACAGGACCUGAAGGGAAGAAAUACUUCAAAGAUAUUGAUAAGCACAUGAAAGAGUUUGUAUGGGAAGGUGAUAUGGAUGGUGAUGCAAUCGAGCUAGCUUUUAGUAAGAAGAAGAUAGAAGCAAGGAAGAAUUGGCUGCGACAGUUUGAGCCCGGCACGCACCUUGAUCACAAUGAGAAACUCAUCAAUUAUAGCGACUUCAUUAAUAAGGAACUUAUUCUGUUUUCCAUGGCUGACCUUCAAAGAUCAAUUCCUUCCAUGGUUGAUGGCCUGAAGCCUGGUCAAAGGAAGAUCCUUUUCUGUGCUUUCAAGAGGAAUUUUGUACAUGAGGCAAAGGUUUCUCAAUUUUCGGGUUAUGUUUCGGAGCAUUCUGCUUACCAUCAUGGUGAGCAGAGUCUUUGUAGUACCAUUGUUGGAAUGGCCCAGGAUUUUGUGGGCAGUAACAACAUAAACCUUCUCCGUCCUGGGGGUCAAUUUGGUACUCGUAACCAGGGUGGCAAAGAUGCAGCAAGUGCAAGGUACAUUUUUACCAAUCUUACUACCAUUACUCGAUAUCUGUUCCGCAAGGAUGAUGAUGGCCUGCUCAAUUACUUGAAUGAAGAUGGCCAAUCCAUUGAGCCUUCCUGGUAUGUACCUGUUAUACCAAUGGUUCUCGUGAACGGAAGUGAAGGAAUUGGGACAGGAUGGAGCUCUUAUAUCCCGAACUAUAAUCCAAGAGAUAUAGUGGCAAAUGUGAGGCGUUUGCUGAAUGGUGAACCAAUGGAGCCCAUGCAUCCGUGGUACCGAGGUUUCAAAGGGACUAUUGAGAAAACUGCGUCAAAAGAAUCUGGUGUUACCUACACUAUAAGUGGGAUUGUAGAGGAGGUUGAUGAGACCACACUGAAAAUAACUGAACUUCCAAUCCGUAGGUGGACUCAAGAUUAUAAGGAAUUUUUGGAAUCCGUCAUAACAGCAAAUGAUUCAUUCAUCAAGGAAUUUAAGCAAUACAGUGAUGAUAGAACUGUGCAUUUUGAGGUCUUCAUGACUGAAGAGAACAUGAUGUUGGCCAAGCAAGAGGGUUUGAUGAAGAAGUUUAAGCUAACAACAACUGUUAGCACAAGUAACAUGCACUUGUUUGAUUCGAGAGGGAUGAUUAAGAAAUAUGACACCCCUGAGGAAAUACUUGACGAAUUUUAUCACUUAAGGCUUGAAUUUUACGAGAAACGAAGGAAACAUAUGUUGGACACUCUUGAACUCGAGUUAUUGAAAAUGGAUAACAAAGUCAGGUUUAUCCUUGAUGUUGUUAAGGGGAACAUCAUUGUGAACAAUAGGAAGAGAGCUGACUUGUUCCUUGAGCUGCAAGAAAAAGGGUUUACUCCUUUCCCGAAGAAAACGAAAGCUGUUGAAGUAGCAGUGGCGGGGGAUAUUGAUCAUGAAGGGGAACCUGAACUUAGCCCUGAAGCAACAAGGGCAAGUGAUUAUGACUAUCUCUUAUCCAUGGCAAUCGGUACUCUGACCCUUGAGAAGGUCCAAGAGCUUUGUUCUGAUAGGGAUAAACUUGAGCAUGAGGUUGAAGAGUUGAGGAAACACACUCCAAAGUCUUUAUGGCUGAAAGAUCUUGAAGAACUCGAGAAACAACUUGACGAGCAAGAUCAAGCAGACCUGGAAGCAGAAGAAGAGAACAGCAAAAACAGAGCGAAGGGAGGUGUAGCUGGCAAGAAGGCUCGAAGACCGGUGGCAUCUAAAAACCCGAAGAAGGUAAACAAGAAAGAUGACCCACAAGUUUCCGAAGCCUCAGAAAUUUCGUCUACGACAGCAAUGGAAGCAGAAAAGGCUCCUGCUGUUGUUAAACCCAAAGGCCGGGCCGGUGCAAAGAAGAAGACAAAGAAGCAGGAUGAUAGUGAUGAUGAUGAUGAUGACAAUGACGACUUUGAUAUUCCUGAUCUAAGGGAGCGACUUGCCAAGCAUAACAUCGAUUCCUCUCCUGAUCAUUCCGCUGAUAUGGAAACUGAAAUGUUUCAAGAACCUGCUGGAAAGAAAGGGCCUGCCAAAAGGGCAGCUGCUACUAAGAAGAAUCCCGUCAUUUCUCUAUCCGAAAGCAUAGGCGAAAUCAACAUCAGCGAUGGAGAAUUGGAGGUUGUCGAGCCAGCUCCAGCAGCAACAAAGAAAGGAGGACGAAAACCGGCUGCUCCAAAAGCCGGUAAGCCACCUGCAGCAGCAAAGAAAAGAGGUCCAGCAGCAGGCAAGCAACAAAAGCUUUUAACACAAAUGCUGAAACCUGCAACAGAAGCUGAGGGUUCAGGGAUAUCGCCUGAAAAGAAAGUGAGGAAAAUGAGGGCGUCACCGUUCAACAAGAAAAGCGGUUCGGUCUUGGGGAAGACGAGCAGUUCUUCACUGUCUUCAAUGCCGGAAAUUGAAAGCGACGACGAUGAAGAAGUAGCUGUGGUUGUGGAACCAAGAGCUAGACCACAAAGGGCAAACCGGACCAAGACAACUUAUGUUGUUAGUGAUUCCGAGACUGAGGAAGAAGUUAAUGAUGACUCAGAUUUCGAGGAAGACGAGGAUUGAGGAAAACUGUGAUGUUUUUCUUUCAGUGUAGGAACGAACAACUAACUCUAAUUCUUGGCUGCUUGUUCGUGGUCAACGUACGUUGUCAACGUUGUGUAAAACUGAAAGUCAUGAAAGUCAUGAAUUUCCUUCUCUUUCCAUUGAUAUAUGUUAUCUUGAUUGAUUAUGCCGUUAACAUAAAA